AUGUCGUCUACCAGGAAAGCCUGUUCGAACGCGCUCCGCGCGACGAGCCGCAUCGCCGUGCCCCCGGCCCUUUCGAGGUCAUGUUUCACUGCUGUCGCUACUUUAAGAGUCUUUAGACAUGCAUCCUGCACGGCAUCCACCAGGAGCAUGGCAAUCGCUACCGCAACGAGGUUCUAUUCCACCAAGUCAGACGGCGGUUACCACGAAAUAUCGGCGACGGGGAGCAAGCUUUGGAACUUUGGCCAGAUGAGUGAGCUCGUAAAGAACCGCAACGGUGUUGUGAUAAUCGAUUCCCGAGAACCCGGUGAACUUGAGCAGACUGGUCGCAUCCCUACGGCCAUUAACAUUCCCGUCGCAACAGCGCCUCAGAGUUUUCAUAUGUCCGAAGAAGACUUCGAGGACCGCUAUGGCUACCCACGCCCCGACAAAGAGCAGGAGCUGGUGAUUUACUGCAAAGCUGGUGUGCGUAGCCGGGCACUGGCGACUCUUGCUAAGGAGGCUGGUUGGAAAAAUGUUGGCGAAUAUCCCGGUAGUUGGCUAGACUGGGAAAAAAACGGCGGAGAGAUUGAGAAAGGCGGCAAGGGGCCUGGCCAAGAGUAG